GAGCCAUUAGAGAGGAGGAAAUCUUGUGGGAGGAAGAAACAGACGGCAGUAGUUGAAACCAUGCAACAAGAUCACGUUGGUUAAAUUCUGCGGUCGUGUUGUUGUCGUUUUUGAAUUGAAAAUCUACCAACGUUCUUGGAAAAAAUUGCAACAUUGGAACGGGAGACAGAAGCCAUACAGGCAAAGCCAACGGCUGGGACAAAUUAACUUCACAGUAAAAAAAAGGAGGAGGAGGAGGAGUAGAAGCUCAAAGCAAAGAUGUCAUCGUCCGUUCGGGCCGAGUUCAUGAGCCGGCCCGGUCGCCACGUUAACGCUCCCACCAUGCAACCACAACACGGUCAACAUCGUGAUAAGGGCCGGCCGCUUAGUCAGCACUCUAACGGUGAAGACGGACAACAAUCUUCCACGGCCAAGAGUGUUGUCGGAGCCAAAGUCUCGCAGCUUGCCCAUCUCUUUCAGAGCCGUUCCAAAGAAGACGUUGCAGCUGCGAACGCUGCUGCGGUUCCUCCAGUGUCUCCCACCUCUUCCGUCCCCGUUGCCGCUCCACCGACUGCAGUCAGCCGCACGAAACCGUCCAGCCGCAGCGAAACCGACAAGGAAACUGCUCAUCAAGACGGUCCCAUUCUUGGACCAACUGUCGUGCGGACAGAAAGCCAAUUGGCGAGGUUUAACACCGCCAGAGCUUUGUUCGAAAAGCUGGGCUUUGAAGACAAGAAAGACCCUUCCAAAGGGGUGACGGUCGAAAAGAGUCACAGCGGACGGUCGAGCCGUGUGGGCAGUGAGAGUUCGAGACAUUCUCAUUAUUCAUCGCGUUCGCCAUCUCCUUUAGCUACGGAACGGCACCAAUCGGCUCCGGGGAUCCGUUCAGGACGGUCGCCAUCGCCCAAUAACGCGCCCGUGUCCGAUCGCAAUCGAGGAAGUUCGGUGGAUGCGUUGCGCUCCGCUCGGACGGAACGGAAACCCACCAACGGGCACGAACCAAAAAUGGAAACCGUUCAAGUCCAAGUGGUGAACAAAUUAAAUCCACCCGCCAGCAAGCCCGAACCGCCCGCCAAGACGGACAAAACUCGAAUCUCUAGCAAAGAGCUGAUUGAGAAACAGAAGAAUUGGAUUCAGCAUUUCAAAGGCAGUUCGAAACCGACGGCUCAGCUUCAAACCAAGACGGCCCUUAACCCGGAGGCUAUCAACCGGAUCAACAGCGAAAAGAAAGGGCCGCCUUCCACAAACGUAUCCAUCAAUAAUGAGAAAGAAACGUGGGCCAAAGAGCGGACGGGAUUGUUGUCCGGAUGGAUGGCAUCGCCAUCUGUUGCAGUCUCUCCUCCAGCCAAUAAAGAGUCCAGCAAAGAGAGCUCUUACUUCCUAUCGGCCCGUCAACGCUUUGAGGCGCAAACGAAGCUGACGGAACGAGUGACGACAACGACCACUACCUCCAACCGGAUCGACCAGUCGGCUGACAACCUCAACGAAUCGUUUGAAACCCGGAGUAACGUUAGCAGUAGUUCCGUCCGCACUGAACUCAAUGAGACGGCCAGUCUCAAUAAAUCGUUUCGCUCCGCGUCCAGCGAAACAUCCGUCCACUGCCAGCUGGAAAAGGAGGAUUCCGGUAUGAAAAAUGGCAGCGAUUUGCUCAGCACAGACAGCGGCAUUGUGGUCCUACCCGUGGAAAAAGUUCCAGCGAUAAAUGAGACGCUGAUCGAAGAAGCGCUGGACCGAAUCGACUGUGAGAAGCCCGUCUCUCCUCCGGCUGCGACUCCAGCUGAGCAAGUUUCUCAGCCGGAGAGGACGGUGUCGCUCAACAACAGUCUCCAGGAAAACGAGGAGGUGUUCUACGAUAAUUCGGUGACCAGCGCUCGUUUCGACGAGUGGCAACUACGUACACCUACACAACUGGACGACUCGCCCGUCUUCAAAAGCGCUGCCUUGGAUUUCGAUGCUCUCGUUUCAGAUGGCGACGAGGCCAAACAACUCGAACCCGACGACGAAGAACUCUUCCGCACAAGUUCCGAAAUGUCGGAAACGGACCUGUCGCCAUUGAGCAGCCCUCCGCCGGAAUUCUGUAAAGAGGAAGUUAGUCCAGCACCUCCUAUCGUCAUGCAGACGGACACUGUCGAAGAUGAUUUCGAAGAGGCAGCACGUGAUGCGAGGCCGACAGUUGAAGGUGGCCGUUACGUCCUCCAGCUGGAAGGUUUUUCCGACAUGCUGGAAUCAUCUGACGACGCUGCCAUUGAUAGUCUUGAGCCGGAAUUGAUAGAAAUCGAUACGAGCCACGAUCAGUCGCAUCCGGAAUUGGAAGAAAGUCAACCGACAGAACUGACUGUUGUUCAACAGCUUCCGUCUGAUGAGCCGGAUGAGACAUUCGAAGAUGGAGAGAAUGACGAGUUCUACCUCCGCCGGCCUGAAUUCCGGGUCGACGUUGAAUCGUCGGAUGUCGAUUCCGAUGAACUGCUAAUGACAUCCGAAGAGGCUGACAGUCUUUUGAGUUCCAGGAUUUUGGAGAAACGUGUCAAAUCGGGCCAGACGGCGACCAACGCCCAUGAAGGCGAGUCCAUCUCCUUAGAGCCGGACAGUCUGGAACCGGCGCCGCUUAGCGCCGCUAGCAGCCGAUUGUCCAAUCCUCAGAAUAUGGGCAAUGCCAAGAGCAAAUCAUCGCCAACGUUAGAGGACAUUGAAGAAGUUUCGGUGAACAACGUGACUGUUGUUGUGUCCAGUGCCUCCAUUUUGGAUCAACUGGGCGAAGACGUGCCCUGGGCAGACGACGAAUCGUGGCAAGUCCAGUCCGAGCCCGAAACGGGACAAGAUGAAACGGACAAAGCGGUUCCUGUUGACGAUUCGACGAUAGAGACACCUUACGUCGAUGAAGACGGUGUUCAUUAUCUCCAAGACGGACAUUAUUGGCUGGAAAUGCCCGGUUUACCACCAGCUGAAGAGCCUUCAGUUCCUCUCAUCGUUGCCAACGGUGAAACUGAGCCCAGACCUCGCAAUAUUCGCGUUCGUUUCACUACCGAUCCUAUCCGAGUCUACAGCACAUUUUCCGUCAACGAUUACGACCGACGCAACGAAGAUGUUGAUCCUGUUGCCGCAUCGGCCGAAUACGAGCUGGAAAAAAGGGUGGAAAAAAUGGACGUUUUCCCCGUGGAACUGAUUAAAGGACCCGAAGGUUUAGGUCUCAGCAUUAUCGGAAUGGGCGUAGGAGCUGAUGCUGGAUUAGAGAAGCUGGGCAUCUUUGUCAAGACAAUCACAGAGGGCGGAGCAGCUGCCCGUGAUGGCCUCAUCCAGGUUAACGACCAAAUCAUUCAGGUAGACGGGCAAUCGCUCGUUGGCGUAACGCAAGCCUACGCCGCUUCCGUCCUACGAAAUACUUCCGGCCUAGUCCAGUUUCUCAUUGGACGGGAAAACGACCCACAAAACAGCGAAGUGGCCCAACUUAUCCGCCAAUCUGUCCAGGCUGACCGUGAACGGGAAGAUCGUCGUCGAGCCAUGGAAGCGGAAUUGACGCGCCAUUUUAUGAAUAACGUGGCGGAAGAGCCGGAUAUGAGCUCUGGCGCUGUGCCACCUCCUUACGUCAGUGCUCCGCCUUCGUACCACAGCAGCAAUAGUGCUCCAGCCUCUCUCGCUUCCAGCCAUCCCGCUCCAGCCUUACCAGAUGUCCCAGCUGUUUCAGCCAAUUCAAUUCCUGCUGUUCUCAAUGCGCAGGAGGAAAGCGUCCAGGCUCUUCAGCAAAAGCUCAAAGAGGCCGUGACCCGUUCCGUCAAAGCGGAGAGUGAACUGCUCAGUUUGAAAAAGCGGCUGACAGAAUUAGAGGCCAAUAGUCGCCACCAGGAGGCCGAGACCAACAGUAACGUACGAGAAUACGAGCGAGCCUUAACUGGUGUCCAGCAGGAAGUCACUGCCUACCAAUCCGUCCUGGCCCAAACUCAGAGUCAAUACAGCUCGUUGGAGGAGAAAUACAAUAAAGCCAAACAGAUGAUUAAGGGGAUGCAAGAGCGCGAGCGAGAAGUGCUGUUGAAAGUGCGACACCGUGAGGCCGGUUUCCACACGCUUUUACAGGCCCUGCAACAUCGUAUGCAGCUACUGGAACUUCAUUUGGUUGAAGCUCAGAGAGCUGCUGGUUUGCCGGUCUCCAUCCCACCUCCUCCACCCAAUCUGGGCGGUUUCCUGUCAGUCGGAUUUGUCGACUCGUCUCUCGGCGAUGUCACAGAUCUGGGUGCCGUUCUCGACGGAAGUCAGGUCGAUUCCUCGCUGGCCAUGGAACUCAAAGAAGAGCUGGACAGGGUAAUUCCACCACACGAGCCGCUGGACACGUCAGCCGCACGUGGCCGGGCCGAGCUUGCCUCUCGUGGUGGCAUGGCGUUACGCCAAUCUCCGUCUCAAGGACUCAUUCGUCGAUCUGGCGGCGUUGGAGGAGGUGCUAGUAUGUCGUCGACAUCCUCAUUAGAGCACAGUUUCAUUGAAGAAUCCUCACGACUGGAAGUUGAUUCGAUGACUGAAUCAACUGGCCAUGACCGUUCUCAAGAGUCGAUCCAGUUCCAUGGCUUUUUUGCCUCCAACUCGUCCGCCACGACCAGCGCGGGCCGAACAGUUGGGACGAGCCGAGCCCAGCAGCAAGUCUAUUCAAGUAGUUCGCAACAGCAAUAUUACCAACAACAGCAACAACAAGAAACGACGCAACAGCAAAUUCAACAACAACAGCUAUUACAGUUUCAGCAACAGCAGCAAAUGCAACAGCAACAGAUCCAGCAACAGCAAAUGCAACAACAGCAAAUCCAGCAACAACAAAUGCAACAACAACGUCACUACCAUCAUACGGCGACAGUUUCUUCCGGCAAGGCCGAAGAGCUCCACCAGUCCACAACGACGUAUUACCAGCACGAGCAUCAGCAUUUCGCUACCACCAAUACCAGCACAACUGCCAGCAGCGGUUACGCCAAUGUCCAGCAACACUCUCAGCCGCCACGCUCGUUGCCUCAACAAAACGUCAACGAGCAAUUGAAACAGCUGCUGGCCGAACGGGAAUUCUUGCGAGAGCAUUCCAACGCUAAUUCGGGCGGAGCGGAACCGGCUGUUCCGAGCCGACUCCAGCCGGCCACAUCGUCCAACCGCAGCAUGGGCAGAUCAGCUGCGACCGAACAAAGACCUGCCCCGCCACCCCAUCAACCCAAUGUCUUUUAUCCAGUCGGUUCAGGUCAAGACGGACGACCCGCCCUCGAUCCUCAAAUGAGAGGCUCCAUGCGUUCCAACCCGGUUAGCGCUGCCGUCACACCAGAUGGCGCAGCAGUCGUGCGGAGUAACAGCGCCAGUGGCAUGACGGACUCGUUGACUUCAUCGAUCGUCUCCAUUUCAUCCAAUUCGUCGUCUCACACGCCCUUCCAUCAAUCACCCGUUUCCGAGUGGAACGUCGAACAUGUCGGCAAUUGGCUCCGGUCUAUUGGAUUAGAGACGUACACUGUCCAUUUCGCGGCCAACGGAGUGCGAGGAGAAGAACUGUUGACGAUGGAAUCGCCUCGGAUUAAGUUACUGGUACCGCAAGCUGCCGAAAGAGCCCGACUCAAGCACCGUCUCAAGGAGCUACGAGCAGCUGCUGAUAAAGAUAAACGUAAUCGCGAACGUGAGCGAAAGGAAAGAGAAAAGCUUCAACGCAAAGCUGAAAAAUUGGCCGAAAAAGCGUCAAGGAAAAAGUAACAAUUGGCAAACGACCAAAACGAAAUAACAGGAACGAGGAGGGACAUUUUAACUGCAUUCCACAGCUGAAUACUUAAAAUUGGGGCAGCUGCCAGUAUUUAAUUUUUUUUUUUUUGCUUUAACUCUUUCGUCUUCUUUUUUUUUUUCAACAAUUUGAACGUGAAUCUUUGUUAUGUUUUUCGUUUCUUUAAAUGAUGUAUGUAGUGGAAUGAAUCAAAUGUUCAAAUGCUAGCGAGAUUAUUGCCAUGAUCUCCGCCUACCUACUUUACUAGAUCGGUGUGUGUGUGUGUACUCCACCCACCUUAUCACGUGCAAAUAAUUUGUAUAGUGUCUCUGUUUUUCUUGCUCUACUUCAUUUUCUCUCUUUGUUGUGCUUCUUGUCUCAUCUCUCUCUCUCUCUCUAUUUGUGAAUGCUGAACGUGUGUGACAUUUAACCACAUACGGACUUGUACGAAAGACAAUUCUUUCAUCUAUAAUCCGUGACUCGUUCAAGAUCAAAACCCGGAUGAGUUUUCAUUUUGAAUUCGAAAUUUAUUUCGCUUUUGUUUUUUCAGCCCUUUUUGUAUUAUUGACAUUGUAGCUGCUGUUUUGUUGUGUGUGUGUAUCGAUGAUUGCAAUUCUCUGCUCUCUGUACCCUCAUACCAAUCUCUCUCUUCUUGUGUCUCUCUUCAACUCUUAAAAAUGGAGAAAAAAAAAAAAUUGUACAAUUGGCAUUCAGUGACGUUGUAAUAAAUGAAAAGGGUAUUUUA